UCUCGGCAGGCAGCUGCAGAGGCUCCCUCCAACACAAGAAAAAGAAAAGAAAAGAAAAGGCAGACUAGACUCGCCUUUCCUCCUCCCUCCACCGACCGCCCCGCAGCAAAGCAACCUUCUCCACCGGGAGGCGACCAUUUCCCCGGAUUCCCUGCCAAACUCGUUCGAGAUCUAUCCGCCCAUCGAAUCGACCCCUCUCCUCCCCUCACCCGCGAUUUGGGAGCCUCUGCCAUGGGCAUCUCUCACCCUCUCUCCGACGAGUACGACGCCCUCCGCGCCGCCGUCCUCUCGCCGGAGAGGACGCCUCCCGCGUCCCCGCCCCAUCACCACUGCCUGGAGCACGAGGUUUCCAGGAUGGACACGCUCGCCGGCAUCGCCAUCAAGUACGGCGUCGAGAUAUCGGACAUUAAGAGGGCAAAUGGUCUGGUCACUGAUAGCCAGAUGUUUGCACACAAAACAUUGCUCAUACCUCUACCAGGAAGGCCCAUGCCAGCUGUUGUAAGAUUGAGCGGUUCUGGUCAAGGAAUGAAAAGAGCAUGGGCUCCAAACCAUCAGCAAAACAGAGACACCGUUGAUUCACUAGAUUCAUCAAAUUGUGGUCAGAAGGGGGCGUCACCUGCAAUGAGUACCUUGCAGAGAUACUAUGGCCUAUCAUCUCAGAAAGGAAACGCCAUGGAUUGCAGCACUGAAAUGUCUCUGUACCGUAAGGGUGGCUUCGAGAGUAGUCUCAGUGAAACAUUGCUGAGUUCUUCUGCAGCUCCAGGAACAAAGGGUACUGACCGAAGCUGGGAGUAUGAAGCGCCAGUUAACAGGUUUUUAUCAGCGAACGGUGCCAAUGGGAGCGAGACCAACAGGGUACCCAAACCCAAGCAAGAUGCUUCUAUGCGUCGGCGGCAGAAAGCAGAAGCAGAAUCCAACACAACCAAUACCCAGGAUGAUUUUCUAGCAGACCCAAUUAAGGCAAUUAAGAGUUUGUUGCCACGGCCAAUUUCUAGUAUCCGUCUAAACAUGGAUACAGGCAUCCCAGAUUCAAGCCAGAAGAGCAGCAAUUCGUUUCUUAAUCUUAAUGGGUUGAAAUCUGUGAGGAAGUCGCCAAGCGCACCCAGCUUUGCAGAUGCAGAAAAUGGGGUGUCUAUGUGGUCUAGCUCGAAAUGGACCUUCAACCAUGAGUCCUUCACCCGGCCGUUACUCGAUGGCCUGCCAAAACCGGUGUCUGGUCGGAGGAUGAAAACUGCCUUGGACUGAUAACUUUUAUGAACCGUGCUGAGACUAGUGGAUAGUGGCAAUUGGAAGAGGAGGUGAGUUGGCAGAGCAAGCAUGUCUGCCGUGCCAGUGGUCUGUGCUCGUUUUGGGAGGAUGGUCACAGUGCAGAUUACGAUAUGGUGUGUUUUGUAUUACGGGAUCGGAGUUGCCCUGUGUUCCUUGCUGCUGUUUACCUGUAUGUACUGUAUUAUAUUACUGGAUGUCAUCAUCUAUCAGUGCCAUGGAAUCAAUAGAUAUGGCUCUAGUAUGGAUGUAUGUAUGAUCCAUCCAUCCAUCAUCUUCUUUCUUGUAUGGUAUGUACCUUGGUCUGUAGCUUUGGUAGCACAGACUGAUUGUACUGUAGGAAAGAGUGCGGAAACUGCGCUGCGUGUAUGAUGCUGAUGCUGUGUCGGUGGAAUGGAAUCAAUAGGUGGAUAGAUCGAUGAUUCUGUUUUCAGUCAGUA